AUGUCGGGAACAUCUUUCCCGCAUUGUGUGGUGCUCCUUCUGGACGUGGCCCCGCUCCUCACGCAGUCCACUUCGCCUGAUACAUGGACUGCAUCUGCGUCACGGUCCCUCCACACCCUCCUGGCGACGGCAGCUGGUGCCGAGCCCCCGGCGCUGUCGGCUCGCCCACCCACGUUUGCCCUCCGCUGCUUCUCCUCGGCGCACUCGUCGUCGUCCACCCUCAAGGUCCGCUUGCAGAGUCUGUCGCCGACGUCGCUGGCCGAGUUGGACGCCCUGCUCGACUCGAUUGUGGCGCUGUGUGCGGAUGGCGGCGGACGGCUGGCAAAGGCACCGGCUGACGAGGUGCCUGCUGCCGGCGGCCUGCCGCUGGUGGCGUCUGCGUUGCGAUCGGCAGCAGCGGUGGCGACACAACGGAGAAAGGUGCUGCCGCCGAUAGUGGUCAUCCAGCGGGCGCUGACCCAGCUGCUCGCCGACGUUGCCUGGUCGCACGUGGUCCUCUCGUCAGACACAGCCACACGCAAGGUCAUCUACCUCCUCUCACCGGCGCCGGCUUCGGAGGCUGACAUGGUCGCGUUUGCCACCGGUCGACGGCCGGCGCCAGUGCGGGACACAAGCAGCAAAGGUAGUUGCCCCAACGACGACGAGCUCGCCGGAUCGGCCCUCUUCAAGACCAUGAUCAACGAGGCACGCGGCGCAAGCGCACUGAGCGCAGCGUCGCGCGAAGCCGUCGACCCGGUUGUUCUGGCGGACGCUGUCGAGCUAAUGUCGACAGGUUUUGGCUCGGCACGUCGCGGGCUGGGCAAAUCGCUCGCCGACGCAGGUAUCGCCUGUCAUUGGAUCGAUACGGGUGAGGAGAAGCCAGGCCCGAGCGUCGCUUCACGGCUCGCCCGCCUCAUGGCCAGCAUAGGUGGGGCUGUCGUGCACCACACCCAUCUCGCGCCGCGUGCCGGCGUGCCGGCGCUCCCAGACUCGGUCCGGAUCCCUGCGCUUCUCCGCGGGCCGUCCGGAAAGACCGCACAGCUGUCGCUGACGUCGCGGAACGGGCUCGCCACGCAAGCCACCCUCACGCACCUCUACCCGGGCUGCGUCUCCCCGAUGGCGCUGGCAUCGGACGAACUCGUAGCGUCGGCAACUUUUCCCCUGGCGGCCUUUCCGCGGUCGUUUGUCCUUAUGCCGCACCAGGUAUACGCGCUCACGGCUGUUGAGCCUGGCGCGAUUGCCACCGACCAGCUCACACUCUUUGACGUUUUCAACGUGGGCGAGAUGGUGGUCGUUCCGUUGGCCCCGACUUCAGGCAUCGGGUUUCUCAUCGAGCCCAGCUGCGCGAUCGGCGACGACGCGAUGACGGCCCAAUCCGGACCGCCCGGCCUGGAAUUUCAGCGGUGGAUGGUCGAGCCGUGGGUGAACGAGCACGCGCUCGUUGCUUCGCCAAACUCGGAGCUGUGCGCGCGAGCAGCAGCGGUGGCUCGAGCCGCCGAGGACGAGCGUCCACUCGACCGUGAUGCCGCGGCAUCAGACGCAGUCCGCAAGCAGUUUCUUCUCCGCUACGAGCGGCUGCUCUACGAAGACCGCCUGGCAGCACAGACGAGCGCCGACGCCGCAGUCGCCCCGAGGCAGGACGCAGCUGGCGGAAGCGAGGUGUCAGUCGAGCACAAAGGCGAGCUCGAUCCCCACAGCGCGUAUCUCAUGGCUGUCGACGAGGGCGAGCGGCCGGUCACGUGGUUCACCUCGCACUGGAUGGGCGAGGCGCUCGGCAACUCGGCCGGGCCGGCCGAGUACGCUGAGCUCACGGAGCUGGUCCGGAGCUCGGUGCUGGUCACGACUCAGGAGCUCGUCCAGCACUACUCGGACCGGACCCGGAAGCAGCGCAAGAUCCGCGAGGCGCAAAUCCAGAUUGUUCUCCGGCUCCAUCUCGGUUCGUUCAACCCGCAUGUCUCACGCGACGACCCACUGCCGGCGGACCAGCUGGACGAGCUCGCCGACAUGCUUGGCGCCAUCUCGUUUCUGCUCAUCUUUCCGGACAAGCGGCCAUGGGAAGCGUUCAUUGCCCUCCUCUGCGAGCGCUACGGUGCCCUGCUUCCGCGGACCCUGCACGCACUCUUCCGCGAGGACGCGUACUUUCGCGAGUCGCUCGCGCACACCCUGCCAGCGACGUCGGCCUCGGCACGGGCGUCGCUCGUCUCGUCGGUGGCGACCGCCGCCGACGCCCGCAUGGCAGGCGACAAAAGGCUCGCAACCAUCCGGCUCGCCUCCGGCCGGCGCGAGCACGGCUCGGACGUCCCGGCAAGCGCGUAUCCGAGCUCGAUCCCGAUGGAGGCGCUCAACAGAUUCACGCUUGGUCUCGGCAACAUGAACAGGCUCUUCCGUGAGGUCGUGGUCCCGACCAAGGGCAAGAACAAGAGCAAGAGUAAGGCCAAGAGCAAGGCCAAGGUCAAGGCAAGAGCCAAGAACAAGGACAAGGACAGGGGCAAGGGCAAGGGUAAGGCCAAGGCCAAAGCCAAGCGGCGCACGGAUCGCGCGGCUGCGGCGGAAGCGGAAGCGGCGGCGGCCAGCGCCAAGGCACCGUCGCUGGCGGUCGAGGCGAACCGGCUGCUGGCGGCCGGGCGGCACUCGUCAACGUCGGCGUCACUGGCACAGGCGCGAGCGCUCGCGCCGAUGGUUGUGGCUGUGCCCGAGUCGCCGCCGAAGCGGCCAAGGCGGAGGUUGUCAGCUGCCGGCGUCGGCGACGUCGGCAGCAGCGGCAACGACGGCCUGGAUCUGCUGUCGGCGACAAGCGAUGCCAGUUCGGGCGGGCGUCGGGCCGGCAUCCAGGGUAUUGGCAAGCGACGGCGUGACGACGAGGCUCAAGCAGCCAAUUUGGCGCCACCGGUCGUAGCCGGAUACAUUGUGCGGCAGCCGCCAACAGCGCCAGUUGCCCCGCGAGGCAGCUCGCGGGUCCUUUUCAUCCCCGAGUCGCCGAUCAAGAAGCGUCGAAAGGGCAAUGCGCCGAAGCUCGGAAGGGAGACGAGGCUCUCGCAGGAAGCAGCAGGCUGCGGUCCUACGCCUAUCCCCUCGCAGCCGCUCUCGUCGUCGAGCGGCUCUGUCUCGGCCUCGCCGCCGUGA